AUGUCUCAUAUUCCUCGUAUUGAUACGCACCACCACAUCAUUCCGCCUCAGAUUGCUGGAAUUGGAGCUGGUAUGAAGGGCAUGAAAGCUCCGUCCUGGAGCGUUGAAGCCGAUAAAGUCUUCAACAAAGAAUGCAACAUCGCUUCAGCGGUUUAUUCCGUCAGUACGCCUGGUGUUCUUCAUAUCUCUGAUCCACAAGAAAGUGCCAGAGUCGCCCGAGAAAUGAACGAGUACUGUGCUCGGCUUCGAGAUGAAGACCCUAGCGGUGCAAGUGGCUUUUUCGCUACUGUUCCUUCCCUCGAGCAUACCGACCUAGUUCUUGAAGAACUGCGUUAUGCAUUCGAUGUCCUGAAAGCAGAUGGAGUCACUCUAUUCACUAGUUAUGCUACCCCUGAGGGCUAUCUUGGACACUCUGAAUAUGUACCGAUUUGGGAGGAACUUAAUGGCCGCAAGACUAUUGCCUUCGUUCACCCAGCGAACAACGCGGCUUCAGUCUACUUCAAUGAGCGAUUGCCGAUGCCAGCAUUUGACUGGCCUCAUGAGACAGGCCGCACAGCUAUGGACCUGAUUCUAAACAGACGUCUUCAGCAAUUCCCAAACGUCAAGAUCAUCCUCUCGCACGGCGGUGGUACACUUGCCGCACUUGUCCGCCGAGCUACUAUUAUAGAACUUCCGGAGUUUGGGGGUAUCAUGAGCGCUGAUGAUAUCAUGAGCCAAGCGAAGCAAUUCUACUUUGACACUGCGCUGGCUGGAGGCCCAGAAAUGUUUCCUUUGAUCUACAACUUCGCUAAGCCAGGCCAUUUGCUGUUCGGCAGUGAUUUCCCUCAUGCUACAGUGGGUGUCAGCAAGGGCUUUACCAAGUUUGUCGAUGAAUUUGAGAUGGAUGAGGAGGAGAAAAGGGAAAUCUACUAUGGCGCCGCUCUCAAGCUGUUCCCUCGCCUUGUAGGCAAAGUUGAGAUUUAA